AUGUGCCGAGAGCUGCCACUUCGGCGGGCCCGAUGGCUACGGGGUACGGCGUGGUGGUUUGGUGCGUCGGAUCUCCGCUCGUCGUGUUAGUGGUUUCAAUGGGGUGGGUCCUGGAUGAGCGAUAGCUUUUUGCAUGAGAGGAAACUGGUCUUGCGUGAAGAUAGCUUGAAAGCAAUCGCAAAAUGAGCUCCUGCAGCAUGUGAAUCAAUAAAGUUGAUGAUCAUGUGCAAAAACGACCAUACCCAGUUGUUUCACAGAGUGCCACGACCAUGAGAGUUUCUGAUCUUUUUCGAUUCGAUACACGACCUACUGGAUCGACCACUGGAUCACAGCGCCCGGAUUCCCACCCGGAUUCGGGGCGUCUGGCAGGGCGGCUCCGGCAUGAUGCGCACCGGCUUCCUCCCGAUCCCGCCGGGGAGGCAGUCCACCUGCGAUUUCCCCACCUUCCAAAUUACGGGUGCCGAAGCCGCCUGUUGCAGCGAGGCUAACUUCUGCCGCGACUGCCGCUUCUGGCCGAUCUACCCCCGGACCUGCCCGGCACGGAACGCCGCGAACAAAUUAAUCGUCUGCGAGCAGGCCUACACCAGGGACAACAUUGCCUGCGGCAGCGACUGGUAA